UCAUAGAAGGGUCCCUAAUAAAUAAUAAUAAUAGACCUCACCCGAAUAUGAAUGGUAGUUGCAGGAUUGUCUGUAUUUAGACAAACCAAACCCAUCCAUCUGGCUUCCUUGUUGACUGUCUCUCUAUCUCUACGUACGAGUUUCUUCUCGUGUUUUCGCGCGCCCACGAGCAUCAUUGCCCUGAGCUGCGGUUUCUGUUAUCUCCUGCAAAAUCUUAAUAUUCUAGAAGCCUUAAACAAGAAAUACCAAUGGGUUCUCUUUUAACCUCCUUUACGAUCGCAAUAGUACUGUUCUUCACUUUCAAUCUCAUCCAAGUCACACUCUCUGUUCCCUUCAUAGUCUUGCACGGCAUUGGAGAUAAAUGCAGUAAUCACGGGAUCACACAAUUUACUGAGCUUUUAAGCGACUGGUCUGGUGCUCCAGGAUAUUGCCUUGAAAUUGGAGAUGGAUCCUGGGAUUCUUGGAUUAUGCCCCUUAUUGAACAGACAACAGUUGCUUGUGAAAAGGUGAAGAAUAUGAGUGAACUUGCUGAUGGUUACAACAUAGUUGGGCUUUCUCAGGGUAACUUGAUUGGUCGAGGAAUUAUUGAAUUGUGUGAAGGAGGACCAGCUGUUAAGAACUUUAUUUCACUGGGAGGUCCCCAUGCUGGUAUUGCUUCAGUUCCACUCUGUGGAUCUGGCCUCAUUUGCAUUCUUGUGGAUGCUUUACUCCGGUUAGAGAUCUACAGCAUCUAUGUCCAGGAACACUUGGCUCCUAGUGGAUAUAUCAAAAUCCCAACCGACAUUGAACAUUAUGUAAAAGGGUGCAAGUUUCUCCCCGAACUUAACAAUGAGAUCAUCAAAAACUCUACUUACAAGGAACGAUUUGCUAGCUUAGAGAAUUUGGUUUUAAUCAUGUUUGAGCAUGAUACAGUUUUGGUACCAAAGGAAACCUCAUGGUUUGGGUAUUAUCCAGAUGGAUGCUUUACUUCUGUCCUGCCUCCACAAGAGACUAAGCUCUACACUGAAGACUGGAUUGGUUUGAAAACACUGGAUGAAGCUGGAAAAGUUAAAUUCAUUAAUGUCUCUGGGAAUCACCUUCAAAUCUCUCGAAGUGAUAUGAAAAAUUACAUAGUGCCUUAUUUGGAGGACCAAGCAUCAUACCAGCUGACAAUAACAGAACCUUUAUCUUAUAGAUGGGUCUCAUCAAUCGGGAAAUUCUUCAUCGAACUAUUUGGGCUUACAGAGUAUCAAUCUGUACCGCAUAUUCUGUGAGAAUUGACAUCUUCAUUAGUCAAUUGGGAAACUGGAAACUGGAAACUAUGCAUUCAUUCUUUGUUCCUGUAUUUUGAUAUUUCAUUUGAUGGUUUUGUAAUGCAUACCUGAGCCAUGGCCUAUGGCAGGUCAUUAGCAAGAUCCGGAAAAUGUACUAUGUACCUCUAUAUGUGUACGAUAAGGAAUUCCAGUUGAAAGAGUUGCUUUCUCAUCCUUUUUUGGGGCAAUA